CGUUUGCAGCGGUGCGGCUCGAGCUCACUCAGCCACCGCUGCCAACUCCAACCACAGAGCUAAACCGUCUACUUUACUUUUUAAAUUUAAUUUCUCUUUUAACCAUUUUAUUUAAAAGCACAAACCGUGAACUUAGUUGCUGUCACUGACAGGACAGAUGACUUAUUUAUGAAGCUGAACGAAGCAAGCGGUUCAUUUAUUUUUAAAGUUGGAUUACUUGAACUGAGAGGAAAUAUUGUCUGCCAGAUGCUGCUCACAAGAUGAGCAGUGAAGGCUACAGGCUGUGGAAAUAAGCGGAGUCCUGCUGUCAACGGCAGUGUGGCGAGUGUAGAUAAGCCCCCUUAUGAGGUGAAAACCUUUCCCCGUCCUUCCAGCACCAACAGCAGGAAUAAGGCAUGUCACGGCUGUUCCUCCUUUUGGCAAUGCUCAUUGUCUACUGCAGCAUCCAGGUGUCUCCUGCUGCUACUCUGGAUAAGCUGAAGGAGAGUUGGAAAUUGUACAUGGAGGAGUGUGAUCGCAACAACAGUCGAGACCCACCAAGCACUGGCCUUGUGUGCAACAGGACUUUUGACAAUUACGCCUGUUGGCCUGAUGGACUCCCCAACUCCACUGUCAGUGUGUCAUGUCCGUGGUAUCUGCCGUGGCACCAUAAAGUUCAGCACGGCAUGUUGCAUCAGGAAUGUGAUGCAAACGGCCAGUGGGUGACUACAAAGAAUACCAGCGAGUGUGACUCUAAUGAUCCAAGUCAGCAGUACUAUGGCCAUAUUCGGAUAAUGUACACAGUGGGCUAUUCCUUAUCACUGGUGGCUUUGGUGUUGGCGCUUGGCAUCCUCAUAUUCUUCAGAAAACUGCACUGCAUGAGGAACAACAUCCACAUGAACCUGUUUGCCUCCUUCAUCCUGCGAGCGCUGUCCAUCCUCAUCAAAGACGCUCUUUUGGAGGCCAACAUCACAUCGCAGGACCUCAGCAGAGACCAGGAGCAGGGAUUCCCCCAGGCAUCUAUGCCUCCAGUGGAGCUGCUGGUCAACAAUGAGACGACGGUUAGCUGUCGCAUCGCAGUGGUGAUGAUGCAGUACAGUAUCAUGGCCAACAGCUACUGGCUGCUGGUGGAAGGCAUCUACCUCCACAAUCUCCUGGUCAUCACUGUGUUUACAGAAAAGAACUACUUCAAAAUCUACCUGUGCAUUGGCUGGGGUACCCCGUUAAUAUUCCUUGUGCCCUGGGUGGUAGCUAAAUACCUAUAUGAAAAUCAAGAAUGCUGGGGGCAAAAUAUAAACAUGAAUUACUGGUGGAUCAUCCGUUCUCCAAUACUACUGGCAGUUGUGAUCAACUUCCUUAUCUUUAUCCAUAUCAUCAAAAUUCUUGUGUCAAAACUUCGAGCGCACCAGAUGAGAUACACAGAUUACAAAUUCAGGUUGGCUAAGUCGACUCUAACCCUGAUCCCUCUGCUGGGUAUCCAUCAGGUGGUCUUUAUCUUUGUAACAGACGAAUCCACCAAGGCCACCAUCGGUCUGCGUCUCACCAAGCUCUUCAUCGACCUCUUCUUCUCCUCCUUCCAGGGUCUCUUGGUGGCCAUCUUGUACUGUUUUGUCAACAAAGAAGUGCAGUCCGAGAUCAUGAAGAAGUGGAAGCGCUGGAAGCUAGGGAGGAACAUCGAGGAGGAAUACCGCCACACCUACAGCAAUACCCCAAACACGAAGACAGCCAGCCUGUUGAACCAUGUGUCUCGACUGUCUCAUCUCCCAGACAUUGCAAAAACCUCUGCCCCGGUCUGCAGCCCUGAGGAGAGGCACAAACUUGUGGCUGGAUGCCACAACGGUAUGGUCCAUGGUAAGGACGCAGGCCAGUCCACCUCGACGGAAGAAGGAACCAUCAGCCACUGCACCCUAGUGGAGGACAUCAGCCUUACGGACAAGGUGCAGGGUUAUAAGGGUCAGAGAGAGAACGUGGAGAGCCACAUGUGAAAGCCACUGGGAACGAGAACUUGAUGAAGAAACUUGGAAGACCUUUAGCUCUGGCUCUGACAUGCUGCCCUGGGUGGCUGUGAAGAGCUGGGCUGAUAGUCAUCUGUCAGAGCAGUCUUUGCCCAGAGAUCAGUGUCACUGGGAGACCGAGCAGUACUCAGCCCUCUCCACAGCAUGAGAAUGGAGAAUAAUAUGGCAGACAUCCAUGUUGAGAUGUUUAAUGUGUUGUGAGCCCCAUGAAUGGAUUUCUGUAGAUGUUUGUCAGAUGGUGAAAGAAACUGAUGUAUGUUGAACAAUGCGACAACAGCAUCUCAAGGCAGAUAAGCCAUGUAAAAUAAUACGAAAAAAACCCCUUAAACCUCAAAAAGCAACAACGGAACCAAAACAAGACAAAAAAACAACAAAAAAAGACACAGGGUCUUUGCUUGAACCUCUGCUUUAAUUUGUGCUGUGUGUCAAGUGUGUGUUUUGUGGUACUGGAGGUUAAAGACAAACUGGACAUUGAACUGCAUACACAAAGAAGACCAAACAAGCUGACCCAAAACAAGAUGGUAGGGAACAGAGGAAAAUGCUUUUUUUUUUUUUUGCUUUGCUCUGAUAUCUGUAAAUGGUUUCUUGUCUAUACUGACUUUGAUGAAAAUGUACAGAAAAAGAAGAAACAUUCUGUUGACUGUGGUGACCACAGUGUUGUUCAAGCGGCCCCAUUCAGGGCCCAUUGGAAAUUGGCAGCUGCUCUCACCAGGUAAUUCCUGGCUUACAUAUAGAUAUUAAAAAAUGUCAAAAGAUGGUAUGGGAUUCAUUAUAAAUAAGCUAAAAUGAUCAUUGCUUGACUUACUUAGGUGUUUUACAAUAAAAAGAAAUCUUUUUUAUGUAGGUCUAAACCUUAGAUACUGCUGAGGGCUAAAGUUGUAAUUGUGUAAAUAUGCCAGGUGUGUUUUCAAGAGGAAUAGUUGCAAUUCUGUGCCAUUAAAUAUGUUUUCUUUUCCCUUUGCCAUCAGAUGUUGUCUGACACAUACCUUUGCGUACUUUAUGAACUUCUACACAGUAGCACACUCAACCCUUGAGAUGGAAGCUGAUAGGGGAACUCAUGCAUAAAGUAUGAAUACAACACUGUGACUCUAAAAAACAUGUCAAUCCUGUCUACAAGGAUGUUUUUGCGAUUUUAAAUAUAGGCUGUCAUGCAUGCAGAUUGCGCAGAUUUAGUGAGCUUAAGUUAAAAAUAUAUAUAAACUGGGGGGAAUCAUUCGCUGAGGAUGCAUGUCGUACAGUGUCAUCACAUCAGUAUCUCCACUGUGCAAACAGCAAAAAGUCAGAAAUCCUGCACUUAUGACUGCUCGUGCCCAGUUACUCUACAGACAGUGUUUAUUAUUCUACCUUAUCCUGUGUCUGCAGGCGCUGUGGACACUUAGAACAAAACUCUGCACCCUUAAAGUAGAACAAAACCUUUCUAGUAAGCAUUCUAGUGACAAAGAACACUAAAUUAGCAGUGGUACAUUUGCUUCUGAAUACAUUGCAUUUAUUUUUAAAGACGGGAUGCCUCCUGCAGAGCAUUCAUUCAUCUUUGAUUUGCUAAACAUUUUGCCAGAACUAACUCAACUUGACUUUGUAUGUGUGACUAUUUGCACAAUGUUAAUUUAUAAUGGGCAAAUACUGUGUGUAUAUAUGUGUUUAUACAGGUGAUUUAUUUGAUUGCUGUCAAUAUAUUUCAUGGCAUGUCUGUGUGAAUGCGUGUGUAUUUUCGGGUAUGAAUGUGUGUAGUUUCAGUAUUCCAUAUUUGUGGAUGUGUCACAGUAGGAUGAAUCAUUUUCUACAGCCAGAUACACGAUGGGUUGAUAUAAACCUGUACAAAUGGCUUCACACAGAGCAGAGGUCGCCAUAAGUUGCCAUAAGUUAGUCCCAUACACAGAUAGCUAAGUUAGAUAGCAUACACAGUAUCGCACCACAUGACAUUCACAGAAGUCGUGCCUAUAUAAGGCAUAAGGAAGACACAGCUCUGUGUUUAUUAUGGAAGCUUCUCAGUAUCAUUUUGUUGUUCAGAGCUAAAUUAGAGUCCACCAGCAACAUGUUUAUCAUUCAGAUAAUAGCUCUGUGCAUUUCAGCCAGGUGCUGACGGUAUAAAAAAUUGCAGGUUGUGGCUGUUUUUCAUCAGCAUCUGCUGAGGACUGUAAUAGAGCAGGUUGAUGUCUAAUACUCAGAAUUGAGCUGGGAGCAUGAUGCACACUGAGCUGCUGUUGCUUAGAGGUGAAUUUGCAGUGUUUUUCUUGUUUUACAGAGCAGGAGAAAUGUUUGGAUACUGACACAGUAAGAGCAGAGUAUAUAAGUAUGGUCAAAGUAUAUUGCUAAUUUCAUUUCAAACUAAUUUCAAACAUGUAUUUUAAGCUGUGACCAUAACCAUGUAUGUUUUUGAAGCCAGCAGCUUGGGUCACUCCCCCUUCUGGACCAAAGUGGUUCUGUCUGAAUGUAUUCUUAAAGAGGCCCAAAUCAGUAUGUUCCUUUUGAUUUUCUCUUAAAGGUGGUUAUGUACAGUAUAUUAGCUGUGAAGAACCAAUCAGUAAAAACUGACUGUAUUCAGGUGUAUACAAUUCAUUAUAUAUUGUGUCUGCUUAUCAAACUUUGUCAAAAUAGUGAAAGAAUAAAUUACAAUGUAUGUGAAAGAGGA